AUGAUGGAUACGGGUGAUGGUAGCAGCAGCAGCGACUCAGCACCCGAUUGCUGGGACCAGGUGGACAUGGAGGCAGUGGGUUCAGCCCCUAGCGGGGACCCAGCCUCUCCAGCAGCGGUGGCCGAGGCCCAGCGUGAGCAUCUCAGCCCGGCGGUCAGCCGUCACCUAAACGUCAGUGUCAGUGCCAAACCCUUCGUGCCUAACGUACACCUACACGCCGCCGCGGAGUUCCUGCUGUCCUUCCUGCGGGCGGCCUAGCCGCAGACCCCCCCUGCGGACACCACCAGCACUGAGGAAACCUGCCCCGGGGCGGGCAAACCUGAAGGUAAAAGGCUGGGGCUGGGGGCGCCUGUGGAACAUGCCAAAGAGGAGCAGAGAGUGUUGUGUGAAGGCUCCGAUCCAGCCAUCACCAAGGAACUUUCUGAACCUGUUACAGGAAAUGGAGAGGUGGAGAUGGUUCUAGAGGAGUCAUGGGAGCACAGUAAAGAAAUGAGUGAAGCCGAGCCAGGGGGUUGUUCACUGGGAGAUGCAGGGCCCCCAGAAGAAAGUGGCCAGGAAGUGAUGGAGAAAGAGGAAAUGAGAACAUCUAAACCUGUGGUCCUACCCUCAGGUGCUCCUAAAAAAGAACACGCAUAACACGCAAAUGUUGUAUUCACUGGGCACGUAGAUGCUGGCAAGUCAACCAUUGGAGGACAGAUAAUGUUUUUGACAGGAAUGGUUGACAAAAGGACACUUGAGAAACAUGAAAGAGAAGCUAAAGAAAAAAACAGAGAAACUUGGUAUUUGUCCUGGGCCUUAGAUACAAAUCAAGAAGAACGAGACAAGGGUAAAACAGUAGAGGUGGGUCGUGCCUAUUUUGAAACAGAAAAGAAACAUUUCACAAUUCUAGAUGCCCCUGGCCAUAAGAGUUUUGUCCCCAAAAUGAUUGGUGGUGCUUCUCAAGCUGAUUUGGCAGUACUGGUUAUUUCUGCCAGGAAAGGGGAGUUUGAAACAGGCUUUGAAAAAGGUGGACAGACAAGAGAACAUGCUAUGUUGGCAAAGACAGCAGGUGUAAUGCAUUUAGUAGUGCUUAUUAAUAAGAUGGAUGAUCCCACAGUAAAUUGGAGCAGUGAGAGAUAUGAAAAAUGUAAAGAAAAACUGGUGCCCUUUUUGAAAAAAGUCGGCUUCAGUUCAAAAAAAGACAUUCAUUUUAUGCCCUGUUCAGGGCUAACUGGGGCAGAUAUUAAAGAGCAAUCAGAUUUCUGCCCCUGGUACACUGAAUUACCAUUUAUUCCGUAUUUGGAUAACAUGCCAAACUUCAACAGAUCAAUUGAUGGACCAAUUAGACUGCCAAUUGUGGAUAAGUACAAGGAUAUGGGUACUGUGGUCCUGGGCAAGCUGGAAUCAGGAUCCAUUUUUAAAGGCCAGCAGCCUGUGAUGAUGCCAAACAGGCAAAAUGUGGAAGUUCCUGGAACACUUUCUGAUGAUGCUGAAACUGAUUAUGUAGCCCCAGGUGAAAAUCUUAAAAUCAGACUGAAGGGAAAUGAAGAAGAGAUUCUUCCAGGAUUUAUACUUUGUGACCCUAAUAAUCUUUGCCAUUCUGGACGUACAUUUGACGUUCAGAUAGUGAUUACUGAGCACAAGUCCAUCACCUGUCCGGGUUAUAAUGCGGUGCUGCACAUUCAUACUUGCAUUGAGGAAGCUGAGGUAACAGCCUUAAUCUCCUUGGUAAACAAAAAAUCUGGAGAGAAAAGUAAGACACGGCCCCGCUUCGUGAAACAAGGUCGAGUGUGCACUGCCCGUUUAAGGACAGCAGGAACUAUCUGCCUUGAGACAAUCAAGGAUUUUCCUCAGAUGGGUCGUUUUACUUUAAGAGAUGAGGGCAAGACCAUUGCAAUUGGAAAAGUUCUGAAACUGGUCCCAGAGAAGGACUGA